AUGGAGAGGAGAGAACUACUCAAGAACAAAAACAAGGAGCUACUAUUCCCAACACCAAAGGUCGUUAAGUGCGCGCGCUGCAUCAAGGACGAUCUCGUUGAGGUUGGAUGGGGCACCCAGCACCUGGCCCAGAUGGGCGAGAAACCAGAUGACACUGCUACACUCGGCGUGUUGGCGAGCCGAUGCGACGCCACCCACGGGACAUCCGGGCCUCGCUGGCUGAACGAGCUCCCCGCGCGUCUCUUGUUCUCCAACUGGACGGGUGCCACGGUGCGCUGCUUAGCCGAGGGAGAGCCGCGCCCCGACGUCUGGUGGGUGAGCGCCGCCGACGGGCUGAACGCCAGCGCGCUGCCGGUGGCCUCCCGAGCUCAGCUGCUCGCCGUCCACGACGGCACGCUCACCUUCCUGCCCUUUCGGGAGCACCAGUUCCGCGAGCAAUUACACCGAGGUUCCUUCCGCUGCCACGCGCGCAACACCAGAGGGACCGUGCUGAGCACCGUAGUUCACGUCAGUGCGGUGGUGGCCCAGGACUGGGAGCUGCGCAUGUGGUCGGCUCCGGGUUCGGUGCCGCGCGGCGGCGCCCUAUUGGUGCGCUGCCCGGUACCGAGUCACGUGAGCAGUCAUGUGAUCGUCACAGCCUGGGAGGAGGAGCACCACAGUCCAGCGCUCAUCACACCCCGUUCACCGACAGACCGGUACGUGAUGACGGCGUCGGGUGAUCUGUACGUGCGCAGCCUGACGCAAGCUUCCCGCUUCCGCUGCCACACGGAGGACGUGCUCACCCGCCGCAACAGGACGAGCUCCACCUACGCGCACUACCACGCUACGGAAACAAGCGGAAGCCAGACACCAUCAAUCACUUUUCACUCUGGACACGUGACCAUAGACCAAGGUCGCCCGACUGACCUAGUCUGUUUAGCGCAAGGUUGGCCUCCACCGAAGUUCAAGUGGUACCGCAAGCAGGGACAAAGGCUGGCACCGGUGUCGUCCUCGCCUGCACCGACGGUGCUCGACGGAGUGCUGCACUGGAGCGGAGGAGUGGACGCCGAAGACGAAGGCCAGUACGUGUGCGUCGCCUCCAACACACUGGGAGAAGCCAGGGCCACGCUACAGCUCUCAGUCAUCGGAGACUUGUCCGUCACCAUCCGUCCACGCCUGGUUCGUGCCGAGGCCGGUGACUCGGUGUCCUUCCAGUGCAACGCGAGCAGCAGCGAAGCGUCGCUCGAGUGGCGCCUAAACGGGUCGCCGCUUCCACUGGGAUUCCAGCGGCUCGAGCGAGGGUUCGUGCGAAUCGCUGCUGUGGCCCGGCACCAGGGUGGCAUGCUGCAGUGCUUCGCUACUUCCAGGGAUGGACGCAGGGCUGCGCAAGCUACGACAGAGCUUGUUGUGGGAGAGCGGGCACCACGCAUGGAGCGAACGUACGGCACCUCAGGAAGCCUAAGCCCCAAGUCUCCCGCGAGCCUAGGGUGCCGGGCAUCGGGCGACCCGGCACCCUCGAUCACGUGGACGUUGGACGGUGCGUGGCCCGUGUCCGGUAGCGGUCCUCGUUUGCGUCUAUGGUCAACCAGCGACUCGGUGACGGGCGAUGCGGUCAGCUUCCUCAACUGGACGUCGGUGGAGCCAUCAGACUCGGGGAAUUACCAGUGUGUGGCGAGCAAUGCUGCGGGACGAGUGGUGCAUGACUUCAGGCUUGACGUGCGCGGUCCGCUCUUCACUCGGCCGGCGUACAACAUCACCGCGCUGGACGGACACCGCGCAGUGCUGCGGUGCCCAUUCGGCGGAUACCCGUACGACAAGAUCACUUGGUUCAAAGACGGCAGUGAACUUCCGGUAAACCAAAGGCAGACCGUGUUCCCCAAUGGCACGCUACUGCUGGAGACCCUGACGAAGGCCAAGGAUUCUGGAGAGUACAGCUGCUCCGUGGACAGUCCCGCGGGUCCCGCUGUGCAGCAGGCCAUCCGCGUCAUCGUCAGAACUGGGCCGCAGAUCACGCCAUUCCGAUGGCUGGACGAACUCCAGGAAGGCAUGCGUGCCGCACUCAGUUGCUUCGUGCACGCCGGUGAGCCGCCCAUCGUCAUCGAGUGGCUCAAGGACGGCGCACCUUUCACCAAAGCCGUGCGCCAGGACGGCUUCAUGUCCACGAUAUCGAUGGACGCCCUUACGCCAGCAGGACAACGGCAACUACACCUGCCGCGCGUCAAACGCCUGGUGGCCCCGAGCUGGAGAUCGGAGCCCAAGGACGUGGUCGCAGUCACCGGUCACUCGGUAGUGGUUGACUGCCAGGCGGAAGGCGAGCCACCGCCGCACAUACGCUGGAAGACGGCGUCGGGUUGGGACGGCGGCCCCUAUCGCGCCCUGGUGAGCACCUCCCGAGUGCACGUGCUCGUCAACGGAUCUCUGAGCGUGCGCAGUCUGGAGACUGGCGACGCGGGUCUCUACCUGUGCGAGGCCUCCAACGGCGUCGGCGCUGAACUCUCCAAGGUGGUGCGCCUCACCGUACGCAGCAGUCCUCGUCUGUCACCCAAGGAGUCGACCACGUCCGCCAAGCGGGGAAGUACGGUGCACCUCCAGUGCGAACCGGAGGCUGGAGACACACCCAUGCGCCUCUGGUGGCUCAAGGACGGCGUGCCCGUCGCAGCUCUCGGAGAUCACAGGUACACGCAAACGCAGCACACUGACGUCAAGAGGCCCAAGUCUACGCUGACAAUCACGAACGUCCAAAAGUCUGACGACGCCGUGUUCACCUGUCACGCUUCCAACGACUACGGAGAGGACACAAACAACGUGCAGCUGACAGUGCAGGACGUACCCGGCGUACCCGAAAGCCUACAAGUCAGCGAAGCGUCCAGCAGAUAUGUGCGGCUUGCCUGGACAGAGCCUUUUAAUGGAAACCUUCCCCUAUCACAGUACCUGCUGAGAUGGACAAACAAAGAAGGAACGUGGGAGGACAGCGUGGCGGUGUCUGGCACCGAGACAAAGGUUACCGUGCGAGGACUGGUGCCCGCUGCCUCGUACCUGUUCACCGUGCGAGCGGAGAACGCGUUGGGUCCCGGCAGCUACACCUCGCCCCUGGAGGUGCACACCGACGAUGAACCUCCUCGAAAUGCGCCAACGAGUGUUCACCUAACGCCGAUCGAUUCCAGGAGCAUCGCAAUAAAAUUUGAGGACGUUUCUUCCUCGCCCGGACAAUCGGGGCCCGGUGGCAGCAACCGCGUGGACGGUUACUACGUGGCCUACAGGCGCGAGGGGUCGCCAGAGCCCCUCCGCUACCAGACGCUGCACGAACGAGAGGGCGUGCUCACCGGCUUGGACAGGGACACCCGCUACGAGGUGCUCGUACAGGCCUACAACUCCAAGGGACCAGGGCCUCCGUCCAGAACGCACUCCGCGCGCACGCUAGUUGCUGAUCCCCCUCCAGCUCCGACGUACCGGGUGGUCGGCACCACUGCUCGGACCAUCUCGUUGGCGUGGGAGAGGCCGGUCAUCGCUUUCGAUGAUCCCCCCAUAAGGACGUACUACGUGUCGUGGCGAGUGGAAGGCGACGAGCAUCCUUGGCGAGAGCAGUCGGUGGGCGGUGACCGCACAAACUUCGCUCUUUCGGGUCUCGCAUGCGGCACCAGACAUCAACUGCGCAUGCGUUCUGCCAGCGAUGUGGGACGAGGACCCGAAGGCAACGUCGUCACAGCUUCGACUGAAGGGAACCGCCCGGUGCUGCAGCAGCCGGACCGCCUAGUUGACAGCAACUCCACAUCAGCCUGGUUGCACCCCGAAGCGUGGUGGCACGGCGGAUGCCCCAUCAGCCACUUCACCGUCCACUACCGGCGCAGCACGGAAGCAGACUGGACGCUGGUGUCCAGUCACCUGCCGUUCAGGCUCAACGACGAGCCGCUGGUGCUCUACGAUCUCGAACCGGGAUCCUGGUACGUGCUGCUCAUGGUGGCCCACAACGAUGCCGGCAGCACCACGGCGCAAGUCAACUUUGCCACGCUAACGCUGUCCGGAGACGUGCCUUUUCAGAAGCCGCACCUUCUUGACGCCAAGAUGGCGUCCUUCUAUCGCCACUUGACUGUUACGUUGCCUAUUGGCAGUUCGGUGCUGGUGCUUGUAGUGGUGCUAGCCGUGCUGUGGUGCGUUCUACGGCGGCAUGCGGAGGACGCAACGGUGGUCCACGGCACACCGCAAGUGCUCACUUCAGGAUUGUGGCGCCUGCUCUGGAUCUCCCCGUAA